AUGGCUGGUUCGCUACCGAAUCUUUGUUUAUCAACAAUUUUUGAAUAUCUAGAAAAUGAUCUAAAAACUUUAAGCUCUUGUAUUCGUGUAAAUAGGCACUGGUGUUUAUCUUCAAUAUGUGAAUUAUGGAGAAAUCCUUUCGAUGAUUUUUGUGAUAAAGACCAACACGUAAAAUUAAUUAAUACUUAUCUAAGUUGUUUACCUGAAAACAUAAAAGUUAAUUUAGGGAUUAAUCAUUUAUCAAAGACUGCAUUUGAUUACCCAUAUUUUUUACAUAUUCUUGUUUCUAAUAGUAUAAAUCUUGGUGUUAAAAAAUGGAUUACCACUUAUAAUUCUGAAUUAUCUAAUUUGGAAAGAAAAAAAUUUAGACUUAAUAUAGUUCAAAUUCUCAUUCAACACUUUCUUAAAUAUAGUGUUAAUAUUAAAGAAAUUAAUCUUGAAUAUAAGCAAUUAGUAAAUAUCUUUAAUUUUCCCGGAUCAUCUUUAUCUUUAUCUAAAAUCAAAAAACUUAAUUGUGGUUGUAUAGCUGGGAAAUUUGGUUUUACCAUGACAGAUAUUUUAAGUUCUGCAAUCCCUAUUACAAAAGAUCUUUGUGAAUUAGAAAUGAGAUUAUCAACUAGAGAUCAUUCUUCCGUUGUUAAACUUGCGGAACUUAUUAAAAUUCAAAGAAAUUUAAAAAUUAUUUCACUUAUACUUGCAGAAAAUUCAGAAAAUGGUUUUGAACUUUUAUGGGAAAGUAUAUCAUUUCAUAAACAUACUUUGGUUAAGAUAGUAUUAAGUUCUAUAAAGUUCGAUAAGAAAAAUCCUAUUCCUCUUCAACAAUUUGGAUCAUUUCAAAAUUUGAAAGAAUUAGAAAUAGAAUAUUGUUCAAAUUUCACAUUUUCAAUAAAAGAAAUAGAUCAACAAAGUUCCUUCAAAAAAUUGGAAAAAAUUUCGAUGGUAAGAAGUUCAGAUAUUCCGGAAGAUUUUAUUAAUCUCAUACUUUUACAAUCAAAUAAGUCAAUGAGAGAAAUCAAAUUAAGAGAUUUUGAAUGUUUAGAAGAGGUUAUUAAGACUUGCACAACAUUCUGCACCAACAUCACUAGUCUAACAAUUUCAAUCAAUAAAGAACAAUUUAUCAUUUUGAUUGGUUUAAUCAAGGCUUGUCAAGAUCUUCGACAUAUUUUCUUAAUUGACAACAAGGUGUUCACUUUUAUUGAUGAAUUUGCUUAUGUACCAUUUUUUUUUGAUGUACAAAGAUCAUUAUUAAUUCCCACGUACCUAAACUCCAAUGAAAAUCUUCAAAAACUUGGAAAAGUGAUACCAAAAUCUUUGAAUAUCUUUAGAUUUCAUUUCAAUUGGGAAUUUAGUUCAGAAGCACUUGAUGAAUUCCUUUGUAACUUUGUAACAUCAAAACUAAAAUAUCUUGAUUUCGAAACGUCCAAAUUCUUUACAGACGAUCAUAUCAAAGUGAUAUUAAAACAUUGUGGUGAAGGUACGUUAGAUCGAUUAGAUAUUUAUGAUCAAAAUGAGAUUAGUGAUGAAUGUUUGAUUGAAGCUAGAAAGAAAAUUGGUAGAGUUGAUUUAGCAAAUAGUAAGAUUAUGCCAGAAGGUAAAUUUGCUAUUGUAAAAGAAAUUGUGCUUUCUUCAUUAUAUGAUUCCGAAGAAGCUGAUGCUUACUCUGAUGAUGAGGAUGAUUUCAUUGAUGAAGGAGAGAGUGAUGAAAGUGAAAUGGACUUUGAUGAGGAUGAUGAUGAUGAUUCUUCUGAAGAUGAUAUAUUUGAUAUAUUUGAAGAAUUUUUUUCAGAUGAAGGUUAUUUUUCAGAUGAUUAUGAGGAUUAUAGUGAUUCUAGUGAAGAAAUUAUGAUUAUGCAUUAA